AUUACUUCCACUGUUUUGUAAACAAUUGCAGAAAAUUUAUUAAAGUCGUUUUCUACGGUAUUAAUACAGACUUUUGAAUAAGUUCUUAUUAUUUUAAUUACCCUUACUACUGUUAAACUUACGAAACUUAAUACUUAAGUUUUAAGAAAACACAGGAUGUUCAGGAAGGCCAAACCCAAAGUAGAGCCCCCGCCUACGGCUCCAAGUGUCGAGGAAAUGCUGGCGGACAUGGAAACCUUCGAGGUCAAUCAGCCCACGAUAAGCGGACCUACGGACAACUCCGACUUGGAGCACGCUCUUCUGACUGAGCCGGAGAACCUUUCCCUUCCCACUUGGUGGCAGGUGUUUGACGAGUAUGACCAGAAGGUCAAGAAACUGUCGGCCACCGAGGGAGAUCUGGAGACCCAAAGAAAUCAGCUCAAGGAAUGCUAUGCCAAGCUGGAAAAGAAUGCGGAUAAACUAAGAACGGGCAUCCAAAAGCAACAGGCACUGGUCAAAGGAGCCCUUAAAUGUUAACUUAUAGUUAAGCUACCUUAUCUAAGACUAUUGUUGAAUGCUGAGUGGGUAACAAUUAAAAGCAAUUAAUUAUAAACGAAAA